GGCGGGACCACGUUGAAAGGAUUCCUCUUUAAUCGGAGACAACUAUUCAAAACCACCCAAUAAAAAGGGAAAGGAACUGCCCGAACCCAUCUUUUUUUUUCUUUCUUUUUCACCACCACAUCCACUAGUCUGUUUCCCACUAAGAGCACUCGGAGAGAAACUCACGAUGGCCCCGAUCAGCAUCAAAAGUGUGUUAAUCAGUGAAAGUGUUGACCCUCGCUGCAGGACGAUUCUGGAGGAAAACGGCAUCCAAGUCACCGAAAAGCAGAAUAUGAAAAAGGAGGAACUCAUUGCAGAGAUCAAGCACUACGAUGGCCUCGUGGUCAGAUCUGCAACCAAGGUAACGGCUGAUAUCAUUGCUGCUGCCGAUAAUCUCAAAAUUAUCGGGAGAGCGGGGACCGGUGUGGACAAUGUGGAUGUUGAUGCUGCCACCAAAAAGGGCAUUAUUGUCAUGAACACACCAAGUGGAAACACGAUCAGUGCUGCUGAGCUGACAUGUGCUCUGGUCAUGAGCCUGUCGAGAAAUGUACCUCAAGCUGCAAUGUCAAUGAAAAAAGGGAACUGGGAUCGCAAAAAGUUCAUGGGUGCAGAGUUGUACGGCAAAGUACUCGGGAUAGUUGGACUCGGAAGAAUAGGAAAGGAGGUUGCCACGAGAAUGCAAUCUUUUGGCAUGCGGACAAUCGGUUAUGAUCCAAUCACUCCAACUGAGGUGUCAGCAGGUUGGGGGGUGGAGCAGAUGUCUCUGGAGCAGCUUUGGCCUCAGUGUGACUACAUCAGCGUUCACACGCCCCUGAUGCCCUCGACUGUUGGUCUGCUCAACGAUGAAUCAUUCGGCAAGUGCAAGAAAGGAGUGAAGGUUGUGAACUGUGCCAGAGGGGGCAUCAUUGAUGAGGCGGCUCUCGUCAGAGCUUUGGAGUCUGGACAGUGUGGAGGAGCAGGACUCGAUGUCUUUGUUGAGGAACCACCUAAGAACCGCUCCCUGGUGGAUCAUCCCAAUGUCAUCAGCUGUCCUCACCUGGGAGCGAGUACGAAGGAGGCUCAGGCUCGCUGUGGGGAAGACAUCGCUCUGCAGAUGGUGGACAUGGUGAAGGGCAAGAACCUGGUUGGAGCAGUAAAUGCCCAGGUUUUGGCCAGCACGUUCUCCCAGGAGUCUCAACAGCUCAUCAAGCUCGGAGAAGCCGUUGGAGCCGUGCUUCAGUCUUGCAGUGCUGCUCAGAAAUCAUUCGGUCGUGUUCAGAUCACCACUCAAGGAGACUGCAUGAAGUCCUGCGCUCGUUACAUGACAUCAGCUGUUCUGGUCGGCCUGCUCAGCCAGGACUCCGGAUGUUCCCCGAACCUCAUCAAUGUCCUCAGCCUCGCCAAGGAGACCGGCAUCGACAUAACUCAAGCCCACUGUGCAUCUGACGGGGGAGCUGAGGGUGCGUGCAAAGUGGAGAUGGUGGCCGGCGGCUGCAGCUACAAGGCCAGAGGCUCAGUUCAAGGUGGCGUCCCUGUCCUGCUGGAGCUGAGUGACAGCGUGUUCAGACAACCAGUCUCUCUCACUGGGAAUCUGCUGUUCCUCAAGGCCUCCGGCGGUCCUCAGCUGCUGUCCUCAGUGGCUGGGCUGUUGGCCUCAGAGGGAGUGCAGAUCGAGUCGUUCAGUGCCCCAGCGGACCGCUCUGGGGAUCUGUGGUUCUGUGUCGGGGUGUCUUCUCUCUUACGGGACCUCAGUAUCUUGAAGCCUUUGGUGAAGGAUGCAGCUCAGCUCAAAAUGUAAAUGACGUUAACAACGUUUAGGCAGCCUUAGAAGUCAGUAUAUAAAAAAAAAAAACCUAACAUUAUCAAGAUGUUAUAAAUGAUCUAUCUUGGUCUUUGUGUUUACAGCUAACAACUUUAGAAGUUGCCCACUUUAAAGUUUAAAACUUGAAUCUUCAUAACAUUCCAUUAUUUAGGUGUUAACCUCUUUAAGCAAUUAAAGAAAAAAAAAAAGAAUAAAAUGUUUGUCACAUGCUGUCGAGUUUGAUUAUGCAACACAUUACAACAGCCCAGAAAUAAAG